AUGUCCUCGCCGCUCGCGGAGUACGGGGGACAAGAAGAAGAUCAUUUUCGACGGGACGAUUUGUCGACAAGGAUGAACUACGUUAAAGGCGUAGGCGGUCACGGUCCAAAGACAACCGAAUUCAGCAGGAGGAGGUCUCCUUGUUCCUCUGACUCUGGAGCAGCUGCGGUCGUGCAACCGACGUUCAGGACAUUCCCACCGGAUGAAACGCAGCUGCAUGGUGGGCAAUUUAGUAGUUGUACAGAG